UGGGCCAAAUUGGUUGUUAUUGUCUUUUCCCGCAGAAAUUCUAAAUCUCUCAAUCGCUGCAAACUUGCCAAAGAUUUUUACGUGCGUGAUAUUUUAGUUCUUCAGUUGAUUUCAGUUGAGCCAAAUGGUGAAUUAAGUGGUGCUUCUUUUUGCGCUGUAGUUCAUUAAGUAAUCUUUGUUUUUCUGGGCGAAAGUGAGAGUGUGUCCCAGUUUCUUUUCCAUGACGCAAAGUUACAUAACUUUUCCAGGGCAAUAGGGCGGUGGCAGAGAGUGGUCCAGGAGCCACGAGAUGUCAUCGAAUCCGUCAACGCCACUGAGCCAGCGUCGGAUGGUUGGUGGGGGCGCUCAGCGGGAGGGCUCGCGUAUUCCGCAGCUGACGUCGCCACAGCCGUUCCGGCGUUCUGUGUCGUUGCGCUUGCGUGGCAGCAAGAGCGCAACGAGCAGUAACUUCGCCUCGCCAACUUCUCCGCCGAAGCCACUUCACAUGAGCCGUCCAUUGGAGCACGCUCGUGCCACGGGGAAAACGCAAUCUGCCACCACGGAGUCGAUUCAGAGUGGUGCCAAGGAGGCCCUACCGGGGCCCUCCUGUAACCAUCACCAUCACCAGUUCUGCGAUGGACACAGACCCAGUCAGCUUCAGUCACCAUCGGCAGUUCCAACAAGUCACAUCGGUGCCCACAAACGCGACCAUGGUUUGUCACUGAAUCUAACCAAUUCCAUCCCAUCAACUUCAACUGGAAAAUCCCCAGUGACACCACAGACCCCAAAGACUCCCUCAGGAGCCGGAAAGACGCCAAAGACACCCCCAGGGACCCCUGAUCUCUAUCCCAAUGGCUACUACGAAGACGAUCUGGAUUCUGUGCACAGCUACAGUUCCGGACGCUCCACAAUGUCCUGCGAGCACGCCUACGUGGCCAGGAAUGGGACGACUUUUAGUGGGAGAAGGAUGAAAUAUGUGGUACAUUGCUCUAGCUAUGCAGGAGCUACGGGUGAGGAUUAUUUGACGCCCACACAGAGGGCUCAGCGUCAGAUAAGACGCCUCCGUGAGAUGUUGAUGCAGGCUAAGAUGGAUCUGGAGCAGAAGGACAGUGAGAUUUUGCGAUUGACAAAAGAAGUUGUUGAAUUGAGGCUAUUUAAGGCUUCACUGAGCUCCCCGGAGGAGCGAUCGAAUUCCAGUGAUGCUGUAACGGUUCGUGAGAAUACCGUGAAUGAUCUGCAGACAUCAACAGAUGUCUCUCCCAUUGUUGAUAUGGUUGAUGAGGGUGGAGGAAUGUCCAAAUUGAGUCCUAGGCAUCAGUUGCUGCAGUCCAGUGUGACUCAGGGGCAGAUGAUGGAGAAAUUGUGUCAGUCGGAGAUGCAGAGUUCUUUUGCUGAUUCUGGGCAUUUUGAAGACAUGACAACAUCUUCGAUUCAUUCGAAGGAUUCCUAUGUACAGACACAGGAUCAAGCCAGUGGCUGUGAUUACACCGAAGCCGAUCGGCAGGAACUCAUUGAGAUCUAUGAGCGUCGCAUUGAAGAGCUCAUCCGGCAGCAGGAUAAUGAGAAGCAGGAAAACAAAAGAACGCAAAAUGAUCGAAUUGAGGCUCUGCUGCAGAAGCUGUCGGAGAGCAAUGCUCGCUUCACGGAUCUCAUGCCGGACUAUGAGCAGGCCAAGGAGCGUAUCAGGGAGUUGGAGAAGGAACUGGAGGAGCUGCAGGCACGAUUGCAUGAGCAGGAAGAUAAGCAGAAUAAGAUGUACUUGCAUAUGUAUGCAAAAGGGCAGGAAGCCGAGAGGCUCAGUCAUGCAGAACAGGUGAUGGAAUUUGCGAGGCAAGCACCGAAGCGUGUCUCAGUUCCGGAGCUAUUACAGCAACUGCAAGUGACUCAAGACGAAUUGGAAAAUAUCAAGGAUACAAGCUAUCAUCCCGAAUGUGGCAGUUCCCAAAUCCUGUUAAGCGCUAAAGAAGCGAUUUCAUUGUGGCUACUUGGCGCCAGGAAGACAAUGUAUCGUCGGUUGAUUGAUGCGCAACAAUCGAAGAACAAGGUUGAUCCUGAAGUGACGCUGCAAUUUCUUAAAAGUGCAAUUUAUUAUUUUCUCACGGACAAGGAGAAUUCUCAAGGGCAUUUGAAUGCCAUUGAAAGUAUUUUGGGAUUUUCUGACAUUGAAAAGUCCAAUAUUGAUAAAGCUAGAUCUAACAAAUGAAUUUUUCUUUAAAAAAAAUCUUUUUAUUAUCUUGAAUAUUUAUUAUUUUUAAUUUUUUUCUUUUUUUUAUUGCAUCUUUUGGCAGAAUGACAUUCCUAUUGAGUUUUUCAAGUGAUAUUUUUUUUUAUUAGACUGCUUUCUGUACAUUAGUCUAGGACAUAUUAAGAACAGAAAUAACGAAGAUAAAUAGAAAAAUUUACUGAAUACACUAUGUGAUUGCGAUAAAGUCAGAGUUUAAUUGAAUUUAAGACAAAGAAAAAACAAUGAGCUAUAGAAAAAAAAUAACUGAAGCUACGUCCAUAGGAAUAUUUAAAAAAAUUAUAUUUUAAUAUAAUUUCCACAGUUGAAAUCGGCCAUUGGUGCCUGUAAAUGCUGUAACUGUACAACACAAACACAUAUAUUUUUAUUUUGAAAAAGAAAUCAUGAUAUUGUGACUGCAUUUUUUAGAUUUAUUUUAAGAUAAAAUUUUACAUCACACCUCCGAUGAAGACAAAAGCACUUUAAGCAAAAUCUAUGAAAAAAAUGUUUUUUGGUGUUGUUAGAUUUGUUGGGUCGCUAAAUAAAUUGUUGAAAUGAGCACAAAA